AUGAUGGUUAAUAUUACAUUCAAAGAUUUCAAAAAGGAGAAGACCACACUAGAACUAGAUUUGUCACAAACUAUUCAAGACGUUAAAACACAAUUAUCCUUAACUAAAAAAUGCGAACCCUCACAAAUUAAAUUAAUCUUCUCUGGGAAAGUCUUACAAGAUAAUAAAACAUUAACUGAUGUAGGUUUAAAAGAUGGGGACAAUGUCAUAUUAAUGAUCUCGAAAAAGAAGCAAUCUAUAACAACCAACAACAAUACUAUUGAACAGUCAGCAGGCACAAUUAAAGUCACUGAACCCUCAACAUCAUCCACAGAAAAUAAAGAAAGUACAGAAAAUGCAAAUGCUAAUACCGAAACUUCGACUACUACUGAGACGCAACCACAACAACCCCAACAAUCACAACCUUCUAACCAAGAUAGCGGCUUUGUUACUGGAUUACAAAGAAAUGAAACUGUUGAAAGAAUCAUGGAAAUGGGUUAUCAAAGAGAAGAAGUUGAAAGAGCACUUAGAGCUGCAUUUAACAAUCCUGAUAGAGCUGUAGAAUAUUUGUUAAUGGGGAUUCCUGAACAUUUACAACAACGUCUAGUAAGUCCCUCUACUACUUCACAAUCCAAUAAUGGAACCCCAAACAACGACAAUAAUAACAAUGAUACAAAUGAAGAAUUACCACCUGAUGAAGAAGAUCUUUUUGCACAAGCCAGUGGAACUAGCACCCCACAAGAUCUAUCUAGAAAUACUAAUACACAAUCUGGUACAGCAGCAGCCACUGGUGAGGCAGGUUCUGGUAUACCAGGGUCUAUUGGUUUAACUGUAGAAGAUUUAUUAGCAUUACGACAAGUUAUAUCAGGUAAUCCUGAAGCUUUAGCACCAUUAUUAGAAAAUUUAAGUACCAGAUAUCCACAAUUACGUCAACAAAUAAUGGGAAACCCAGAAGCCUUUAUCUCCAUGUUACUGGAAGCCGUUGGUGAUAAUCUACAGGCAAUGGAUGAAUUUACCGCUCCAGAAGCUAUUGAAACAGGUGACCAUGAACUUGAAGCAGAAGGGUCGUUAGCCUCUGCUCUCCCACAAUUAGAUAUCACUCCAGAGGAUGAGGUGGCCAUCAACAGAUUAUGUGAAUUAGGUUUUGAAAGGUCCUUAGUCAUCCAAGUUUAUUUUGCUUGUGAUAAAAAUGAAGAAAUUGCUGCCAAUAUGUUAUUCAGUGAAUAUGCUGACAAUUAA